GUUGAACAAAAUGGAUAAACUGAAAUUAAAAUAAAAAAAAAAUCAUAAAUUUGCUUGUCCCGUCGGUUUUCUCUUGCUUAGCUUACAUAAAACCGAUAAAGUUUCAACUUCUAACAGAGGUGAUUCAGGUGAAGAAAGAAAAGGGCAUGGGGAAGAUGAAGAAGAAAAGUAUUUUCAGUGUUUAUAUUGCAACAGUUCUUAUUGUGUGGUUGACUGAUGUCGGAACUGAAGGAAGAGAAGUGGCUGUCUUGGAAAAACAUGAAAAACCCAGUUCAGGCUUUGGCUUUGGUUUCACCAAAUCUUUCAAUUCCAUUUAUGAUACUUCAAAAUAUGGGAUUUUUCAACUCAACAAUGGCUUGGCUCUAACUCCUCAAAUGGGAUGGAAUAGCUGGAAUUUCUUUGCCUGUAAUAUCACUGAAGAUCUUAUCAGGGAAACAGCGGAUGCACUUAUCUCAACAGGCUUGGCUGAUUUAGGCUAUGUGUAUGUUAAUAUAGAUGAUUGCUGGUCUGCUACCAGUAGAAAUUCAGAGGGUCAAUUGGUCCCUGAUCCAAAUGCUUUUCCAUCAGGAAUCAAAGCUCUUGCUGAUUAUGUACAUAGGAAAGGCCUCAAGCUUGGUAUUUAUUCUGAUGCUGGGGCAUUUACAUGUCAAGUUCGACCUGGAUCGCUUUUCCAUGAAAUUGAUGAUUCACAGCUGUUUGCCUCUUGGGGUGUAGAUUAUUUGAAGUAUGAUAACUGUUUCAACUUGGGUAUUGACCCAAAGAAAAGAUAUCCUCCAAUGCGUGAUGCUCUAAAUGCAACUGGGAGAACAAUAUUCUAUUCUCUUUGUGAAUGGGGUGUUGAAGACCCUGCCUUAUGGGCUCGUGGGGUUGGAAAUAGCUGGCGUACAACAGAUGACAUUAAUGACACAUGGGCAAGCAUGACUACGAUAGCUGAUCUAAAUAACAAGUGGGCUUCCUAUGCUGGACCUGGUGGAUGGAAUGAUCCUGAUAUGCUGGAAGUUGGCAAUGGAGGCAUGACUUAUCCAGAAUACCGUGCUCAUUUUAGCAUUUGGGCUUUGAUGAAGGCCCCUCUUUUGGUGGGUUGUGAUGUAAGAAACAUGACUGCUGAAACUUUUGAGAUUCUAAGCAAUAUGGAGGUUAUUGCUGUAAACCAAGAUUCAUUAGGGGUUCAGGGAAGGAGAGUUCAAGUUGCUGGAGAAGAGAACUGCCUUCAGGUUUGGGCAGGUCCUUUGUCUGGAAAUCGCUUGGUAGUUGCUUUCUGGAAUCGGUGUUCAAUAGCUGCAACUAUUACAGCAAAUUGGGAGGCCCUUGGUCUUGAAUCUAGCACCAGUGUCGCAAUAAGAGAUUUGUGGCAGCACAUAGAUCUUGAGGAAAAUGCCGUGGCAUCAUUUGGUGCUAAAGUUGAUUCUCAUGACUGUCACAUGUACAUUUUCACUCCCAUUGCAGCAGCUCACUCUGAAAUUUAGGUUGAUCAUACAGGCAGACAUCCAGAGUUUUGCCUUUGUUACUAAGAAAACAGUAACUGCUUCUUGAAAGUGUUUUAAAUGGUGUCUAUGAGAAGUGGUUGGUACAUCUGAACUCUUUCCAAGUGAUGCCUUAAAAUACUUUCUGGAAAAACGAAUAAAUUCAAGUGAGAUGUGGGAUGGCAUAAAAAAACACUGUUGCUCUGAAUGCAGAUAUACUUUUGUGGGGUGCUUGAUGUGUUACUACCAUUUUUUGACAAUGGAAACAGAAACUUCGCUGAA